AUGCCACUGGAAUCACCUUGCUCUUCGAUGCCGCUAUCCUUUCCUUCUCCCUUACCCUCAGUACCAGACAGUAUUACUAACUCUUCCCCUCUCCCAAUGUCUUACGUCACUUCUCAGGAGAUUAAAUAUAUUCUUCACUGGUUUACCAGUUGGUCAGAUCCCCAGCGUGAUCGUUUUCUACAGGACCUGGUAGCUAAGGCAGUGCCAGGAAAAUUACAGCCACUGCUGGAAGGGCUGGAACAGCUUAGUGUGUCUGGAGCAGACCGACCACCUUGUAUCUCUGAGUGCGAGCUACAUCUUGGAGAUCAGUGGUUUCGAGGCUGGGCUGAGCAGGAGUGCAAUGAAUUUGUUAGGCAGCUGGAGGUCAGUGAGGCAGACUUCAAGGCAAAGUUUUACCAAGCCGUGGCUGCUACAGCUGGUAAAGAUUAA